AUGCGUCUUCACUAUAUUGCGCACCCAUCGAGGACCCUCUCUGCUGGGUAUCAAGAGAUCGUCCAGCGGAUCGAAACUCGUCGACGAGCAACAGGUCUACUCCCACUGGACUUGACACUGUUACAUGCACCAGAAAUAGCCAAUGGCUGGAAUACUCUAUUUGAUGCCAUCCGGACCAAGAACUCGCUAGCUGAAGACAUCCGCGAAAUUGCGAUCUGUCGUACUGCCUUGAUCAACCGGGCCUGGUUCGAAUGGAAUGCGCACGCUCCUAUACUCCAACACUGCAAAGGGUUCACCAUUGAUCAGUUCGAAACCGUGAAGCAGAGGUCUCCUUCGUGUCAAGGGGUCCUUAACAAUCAGCAAUGGGCUGUUCUGAGAUAUGCUGAUAUCAUGACCACAGAGGUGGCGGUACCUCAAGCGCUAUUUGACGAGGUUCGGGCGACAGGAUUCAGUGCCCAGCAAAUGGUCGAACUCACGGCUACGAUUGCAACCUACAAUAUGGUCGGACGCUUUCUGGUAGCACUGGAUGUUGGCGAGGAGAACGAUAAGCCGCCAGACUGGGCAGUGUAG